AGAGCUGUCACCAUAUCAGUAUUUUAUUUAACAAGUUGGCAGCUCCGGUAUCAUUCACAGCGAUAAGCGACAGCUCGCCAUGGAACGGUCACAUUGCACUGCAAAGAAUAUAAAACGCAGGCACGGCGUUUCAAUUCAUCUUUGGUAAUUUUACUCUUCAAUUGUUAAAAACAAAGUGAAAUUAAAAAUGACUUGAAUAACAUUAAGACUACAUAACCAUCUUUUUUUUUUGUUUUUUUUUUGUGAUUUUUUUUUGCACGUGAAUAGUAUUUCUAAGUAUUUAGCCGCUAAGUGAAAACAACAGCAACAACAACUGCUAGAGGAACGCCAGCCAAAAAUUCGAUGCGAACCGGUGAAAAAUUACAGCAAAUAAAAUUAAAUAACAUGUUUUAACGGAAUUGCGGUGCAACUACAGCAAGGCAGGCGGCAAACGCAAUAGCUCGCCCAGCACAGUCUCCGAGAAACGGGGACUGUUAAUAAACGUUUAUCCACAUUUUUGUAUUGUCCACCAUUUUAACGAUGGAGGCGCAAACCCUUUAUAUAAAAGUUACGUUACUCUCACUAAAGCCCGCUUCGAAUUUGUCGACCCGCCGUAUUCAAGAGAUUAAUACAGGUAUUGGUGAACUGCGUCAGCUACUGUCGUGCGCCGUCUGCUGUAAGCUGCUAAAUGAUCCCUACAAGCCAAAGGGACGCCGUUGUGGCCACCAUGUUUGUCGGCUGUGCCUGCGUGGACGAAAGAAUUUGUGGCCCAUUUGCCCCCAGUGCAAGGAUUGCUCCGAUUUUCGCACCUACGAGGAAAACAAAACAAUGGCUUUACAGUUGCUGUGCUAUAAAACGCUCUGUGUGCACUUACAGCAAUCCUCAAUGUAUUCAGAGUUCUUUCAUCUGCGACCGUAUAUUAAGAGUACAAACAACAGGGAGCCUAAGCCACGGAUUAGGCUGCCAAAUAGGCCAACACAGUGGUUCAUACAGGAGGGCGCCAACUAUGAGAAUAUAUCUGAUACAUUUAUGCUCCAACCGGAUUUGCCAUUUCUCACAAAUAAUCCUUCAUCGUUGCCGGCGGAGACUCCGCCAACGACAGCGGCCACAACGCCUGAGCUGCCUUAUGAGCAGCAUAUGCCCAAUCAAUUGUCCAUUACGGAUAUAGAGUUGGAGGCAGCGGCCACCGGGGACCAGGCACAGUUUGCUCAUCCAUUGCCCAUGAUGACGCCCGGCGCACGAAUGUUAACACACACCCACAUCGCACCACAACCACAGCAAAUGCUUAUUCCAGCGGAACAAACGAUUUUGCCAGCUGGCUACAUAGAAUCGCCCUGGUCGGAGCAAGUGGAUAUAUCGGGGGCAUUUACGAUGCCUACGGAUUAUGUCAACAGUACGCCCAACUAUACAACCUAUGUGAUGCCCAACGGCGAGGUGCAUAUGGCCUCCAUUGGUCAGGUGGUGCAGCUAUCACAGCAGCAGCAGCAGCAGCUCGAGGAAGUUGAAACAGUUGAAGCAGUUGAAGCAAUGGAAACCGUUGAACCUGUCGAACCAAUUGUCCCGAGCACUUCCAAGACAACCGUUUUUAUGCCAGUGAAUGCCAGUAGCUCUAUAAAACGAAGACGUGGCCAACUGCUGCUCGAAGAUAUGGAGGAUCGCGAGCAGUUAGAAACCACCAAAGCUGCUGCACCGUCGGGCACACUCAUGAAUUUGCGCAACAAGAAGCCAACCAUAAUAUCUUCGGUUCAGGUGAAGCCACCAAUAUCAGGAGUGGGUAAUGCAUCGCCCAUAAUGACAGCAGCUGUUGCUCCGAUGGCUACAGUUUUAGCUCCAAUAGCUACAGCUCCUGCUCCAAUAGCUACAGCUCCUGUUCCAAUAGCUACAGUUCCAGUUCCAAUAGCUACAGCUACAGCUCCUGCUCCAAUAGCUACAAUUCCAGCGCAAAUAGCUACAGCUCCUGCUCCAAUAGCUACAAUUCCAGCGCAAAUAGCUACAGUUCCAGCUCCAAUAGCUACAGUUCCAGCUACAAAAGCUAUAGUACCUGCUUCAAUAGCUACAGUUCCAGCUCCACCGCGUGCAGCUGCUCCUGCCCCAGUUAUAGCUGCUACCAAGCCUGCUGUUAAGCCUGCUCCCACUGCUGCUGUAGUGACUAAUCCCGUUGCAACGGCUGCCACAGCUGCAGUUUCUGGGGCUGCGCCAGUCGUGGAAAAAACUCCUGUAGCCUCUGCUACAACGGCGGCUCUACCGCACACAUCCACGCCAAAGGCGCCAGCGUCAAGCGCAGCCCAUAAGCCUAAACCCAAGGAUUCACGCAUGUCACAUAUCUGCCGCUGUGGCACUACUUCGGCUCCUGGUAAGGCGACCUGUCGCAAUUCACGUUGCACUUGCUAUGUGGCAGGAAAAUCGUGUGUGGAUUGCAAAUGCAUUGGUUGCAAAAAUCCGCAUCAGGAUGCAGGUGAUACGAGUGAUGAAGAGGAUUUUGAAAUGGAUACAGAAACAGAAGUGGCACCUGCAGAGGAACCCAUUUCAGCAUCAACCGGAAUGCAAUCGGGCUUUACACUAGUUCCUCUUAACAAUCUGCAGCAAUCGCAGCAUCCCUUAGUCCUCAUGCAAAACGAGAAUGGUCAAUACCAGGGCUUCAAUAUCUUCAAUGGCAGCGAGCCCGUCGAUCCGGCUCAGCUUGGUUUUCAGCGCGUACCGUUGCGUAGCAAUGAUGGUAAUGCAUCAAUACCUGAAUUUGCUUACAUAAUGCCGCCGCCAACGGCCGUGGAGCCAACGACCGUGGAGCCAACGACCGUGGAGCCAACGACCGUGGAGCCAUCGACAGCCACAACAGCAACCACCUCACAGCCAUCACCAACAUCAACAAUCGAGCAGCCGGCCAAGAGAUUCAAAAGCUUUCGAAGGGAAUUGGAUAUGGAACGUAAUAUGCCCAGGAAGUCGUCUGAUAUGCUUGUCAGCGCCGGUUCAACGACGUGUAAUGCUGCCGCUGGCGACAGCAGAAUUGGUGGUGACAAUGACGAAGAAAUAUUGCUUACUUUUAUUACCAUUGCACAACCAUAUAUUCAUUUUAUGUUUGUAUUAACCAAAAGUAGCUGGUUUAACCGGCAGCUCAAGCAAUCAAGAGAUCCAUAUUCUAUAAUCCCCCCUAGAGCUGUUAAAACCACAUGUGAAGGCAUUGCGUGAACACCUGAAAUUAUUUAUAUUCUAUCCUAUAAAAUUCCUUAUGUACUUCAUUAGACCCUUAUCUAUCCAUAAGUGAUAUCUGUGUGUGUUUACGUACACAGAAACAAAAACAAGGCGCCGCAGUGCAGAAUUUGAAUCCCUGCACCAACUGAAGUAUAUAAAAAACAAAGCAAUUUGUAUUUAUUACUCGUUCAACGAAUUGUGACAAUUAGUCAAAGUCUAAAAAAUAACAAUUAUUAUAAUACUAUAAUAAUUAUAUAUAAUUGAAUGCUUUGUAUGCGGCUGCUGUAAACCAAAAAAGAAAAACAA